AUGUCAUUUUAUCGAACAGCUGUUUUCGGUAUUAAAGGUUUUAACGAAUAUACUCGAUCUGGUUAUGAAGCUGCAGCAAAAAAAUUUAAUCCAACUGAUACAGAUGUAGAUAUGUCUGAUCAACAUAUAAUGAUCACUGGGGCAAAUUCGGGUAUUGGGAAAAUAGCUGCACUUGAAUGUGCUAAACGUCAUGCUCAUGUUUAUAUGGUUUGUCGUGAUGAAAAACGUGGUAAAGAAGCUCAAGAAGAAAUUAUCCGUGAAUCAAAUAAUCAUCAUGUUGAAUUACAUUUGUGUGAUAUGUCCAAGCCACAAGAUGUUUUUGCAUUUACAAAACAAUUUGUUGAUUCAAAAAAACCAUUAAAUGUUUUGUGUAAUAAUUCUGGAUGUAUGAUUAAUGAACGACAAAUGGUUAAUGAUGAGCAUGAAGCAAAUUUUGCUACAAAUACAUUAGGUACAUAUAUUUUAACAAAGAAUUUAGUUCCUGUUCUAUUGGAAAAUCAACCGGCUCGUGUAUUUACAACCAGUUCAGGAGGAAUGUAUAAUGUUAAACUUGAUCCCGAUGAUUUUAAUUCAACUCAAAUGCGAACAUUUAGUGGAGAUCUAGUUUACGCUCAAAAUAAACGACAGCAAGUUGUUAUGGCUGAAAGAUUAGCUGUACGACAUCCAUCAAUCUUUUUUGCUUCAUGGCAUCCAGGUUGGGCUGAUACACCUGCUCUUCGUUCAUCAAUGCCAUCAUUUCAUUCGAAAAUUCAAAAUCGUUUGAGAACACCAGAACAAGGUGCUGAUACAUUAGUUUGGUUGUGUUGUCUGAAAGAUAUUGCCGAAAAAUUUAAAAAUGGUGAUUUCUUUCAAGAUCGUGCCCCUGUUUCAAAACAUUUACCAUUAGCAUGGACAAAAUCUACUGUUGACGAGGAUGAACGAUUUAUGAGAAAUCUUGAUCGAGUCUAUGAGAAAUAUGUUAAAUAG